AGCGCGGAAGACUAAGGUUACUAGCUUAGCUUACUUCUUCAAGAGUGUGUGGUGCCGUUGGAUUAGGGUUGUAGCACUUUCAAUACACUCUAUUCUCCACACCACGACUUCCUCCCAUCCAAACAUACUCUGCAAUUUUCUAUUUCUUCAACUGAUAUAUUUGGAUUCUAAGGCUGAGGUAAAACGGAGUUAUGGCGGAUUUAGAAAAUUUGCUCUUGGAGGCAGCGGGUAGAACCCGACACUCUCGGCCAACUUCAAGAAGAGGACAUGGUGAUGGUGAGAAUAUCUCAAGUUCAGAUGAUGAACAUGAAUAUUCUGGCCCAAAUCUCUCUGGCUCACGAGUUCCCCUAAAGAAGAGAUUUGAUCUAAAGGAAAGAUACGAUGGCAAGGGAAGUCAGGAAGAAAAGGAUGGCCAAUCUGAUCACAAUGGUGACAGCAGCGAUGAAUAUGAUUUUGGUGAUGACCUUUAUAAGAAUGAAGAUGACAGGCGUAAGCUUUCUGAGAUGACUGAACUACAGAGAGAGAUGAUAUUAUCAGAUAGGGCUACCAAGAAGUAUGAUAAAGACUUAUUGGGGAAGAUAUCAUCAAAGCGGGAGAAGGGAAAGACAACUCUACCUGGGACACAUACUUCAUCUCCUCCACCAUCUCGUGUGCGGUCAUCAGUCCGGUCAGUUGACCGGUCAACUGCCAAGGAUGGUGCUUUAAAUGAAUUGCGUGCGAAAAGAUUAAAGCAGCAAGAUUCAGAAGCAAACCGCAGACUAAAUGAGGCAUCUAAAAGUCCUGGACCGGGACAUCUUUCACCAAAGCACAAACCUUUCUCUUCAACAAGUCUCACUAGCUCAAGUGACAGUGAAAGUGAAAAUAGAUCCCUGAGUGAUGAUGGAGGGUUGAGUCAUGAUGACAUUAUCGUUGACAGUGAUAAUGACAGGAUAGUUUUACGAUCUGAAGGGCUUUCAUUUGAGGAUAUAAAAGAAAUUACUGUUUGCAGAUCAAAACUAGCAAAAUGGUUUAUGGAGCCCUUUUUUGAGGAGUUAAUUGCUGGUUGUUUUGUAAGAGUUGGUAUUGGUAGAUCAAAGUCAGGACCUAUCUACAGGCUUUGCUUGGUAAAAAAUGUUGAUGCCACCGAUUGUGAUCGGCAGUAUAAAUUAGAAAAUAAAAUGACACAUAAGUACUUAAAUCUUGUCUGGGGAAACGAAACUUCUGCUGCAAGGUGGCAAAUGACUAUGGUUAGCGACUCUCUUCCACUUGAGGAGGAGUUCAUCCAGUGGGUUAAGGAAGUGGAACGAAGAGGCGGUCGGAUGCCAACAAAGCAAGAAGUGGAAAUUAAAAAGCAAGCUAUACAAAAUAUCAACUCGUUUGUUUACUCAGCUGCUACGGUGAAGCAGAUGUUACAAGAGAAAAAAUCUGCCAAAAUAAGACCACUGAAUAUUGCAGCUGAGAAGGAUCGGUUAAGAACGCAAUUAGAAAUAGCACAGAGUAAGCAAAAUAAUACUGAAGUGAAUAGGAUCAUAACAAGGUUGCAAGAAUUGGAGGAAGCUCAGCAGUCUAAGGAGAAGGAUGCCAGAGCUCUGAAGCUUUCUGAGAUGAAUAAAAAGAACAGGUUUGAGAACUUCAAAAAUGCUUCUGAAUUGAAGCCAAUGAAUAAAGAUUUGAAAGCAGGGGAGGCAGGUUAUGAUCCAUUUUCAAGGAGAUGGACUAGAUCAAGAAAUUACUAUGCCGCAAAGCCAACUGAAGAGGCUGCAGCUGAAGAUAAUAGUGUCAUUGAUAUGGUGGCUGAUGAAGGCAGCUAUCAGACGAGAACAGCUGUGACAGGGGUGGCUGGCAUGGCUGCUACUGCUGCAGCAAUAAAAGCUGCUGCCGGUGCUGGGAAGUUAGUAGAUACAAGUGCUCCGGUGGAUCAAGGGACAGUGUCAAAUGUGCUGCACGAUUUUGAGCUGCCAAUAUCAUUAUCAGUACUCCACAACUUUGGUGGAGCCCAAGGAGUUCAGGCAGGGUUUAUGGCAAAAAAACAGAGAAUAGAAGCAACUGUUGGACCUCAAGUUCCGGAAAAGGAUGGUAAGAGCCAUGCGAAGACAAUAUCAAUUAGUGAAUACAAGCGAAGAAUGGGGGUUUUUUUGAAUUCUGCCUAAAUAGCAACUUUCAUCAGGUGAUCAUGGAGUUCUCAUUUUCUUUUACCUUCCCCAAAAUUGUUAGAUCCAAGUUUUACCUUGUUCGAAUGAUUCAACAUCGGUUCUUGCUGGAUGCCUGGAACAGAGCUGAAUAGAUGCAGAGAUAGUCGGGUUUCAGACAAAAUUAUGUUUGUUUGUUUCAAUCUUUACUUUUUUUUAAUGCACUUCAUAUGCAUUGUCUUAAGGAUGAUAUCAAAGGUGCUCAAUGACUUUAGUGUUUAUUUUGUUUUUUCCUAAAAAGAUUAUCACCUGAAUAUUUGUAGCCCCUUUACUAGGUUGU